AGACUUUCAAUUGAUCAAUUUGUUGGCCUAGAUAUCAAGUGUACGCAUUACUCUGAAAAACCAUUGGUUAUGAUGGUUCGACGGUAUGUAACACCUUCGGAAUCACUGACUUCGUUAGAAUCAUCGCCUACACAUAUAACAUUUGUUCCGUUUGUUAUGUGGGCUGUUCAUUUAAAACGUAGCCCACACAGCAUGCAAACUCAGCCAGAAAACAACGUUAAAUGACUAAAGUUUAGGAUGCUUACUUGUCAACAUGAGGGAUGCCCUAGCUGAGGUGGCUUCCAUAAUACUAUCAAUAAUAUUUUUAAGAUUCAAACGUCUUAUUUUCACUUUUUAAUAUUCCACAUCGUUUUCAACCUAAAAAAUUCAACACAUUCACUUAUUAGCUAGUAAAUGAUUUUGUUCAAUAAAAUUCAAUACUCUAUUUAACUAAUUAAUAAUUAUUAUUAUUUUUGUUCAAGUAAAUUAUAAACUUUAUCUAUUUCUAUAAAUGAAUUUUGAAAUACGAUGAUGUGCACUUUUUCAAUUAUCGUUAGUCACUGUAAAUAUAAGGAGCCUAUACAUUGUAUGAUGUCUCUAUUAGCAUAAAUAUAAGAGAAUGCAAUACAAUCAUAUAUACUUAUCCUUAAAUUUUCUUUUAUAAAAAGUAUAGGAGAAUAUAAUAGUGUACUUUUAAGUUUAAUAUUUUCUUCAAAUGUUAAAGCUUUUGAGGGUCAAUUGGUACACAUGUCUAGUUUCAUACUUUGUCAAAUAUUAUAAUUUUUAUAACAUUUAUACACUGUGAUAUAUCUACUAGUUAUAAUGACGUUGUUAUCUUUAUAAAAAAUAUAAAUAUCAUAAAUAGUCAAAUAUAGUAGAUUAUGAUACAUAUCACAAAUUAAAUGAAAAUAUUAGAGUCAAAUAUAUAUGAAUUUCAUACCUUAUUUUGAUGGAAUGUAAAGAAAGUCAAAUGUAUCAAAAUGGUAAAUUGAUAUUCAAAUAUAAGACCUACAAAAAUUGAAUUAAAAUUACUUUUAGAUAACUUCAAACAUUAACUGCUGGUAUAUGAUAUUUAGCUAUAAAUAUACAAAGUCAUCAUCAUACAAACACCAUCCAAUAUUUUAUUUUUCCAGUUAUCAAUAUAGAGAAACAAUGAGAAAGACCAAAGGUCGUCUAAAAACAAAAAUGGUUAAAAUAGAAAAAGAAAAAAAUCUUCAAGUUACGUUUUGUAAAAGAAAAAAUGGUCUUUUCAAAAAAGCUAAUGAGCUUUGCACACUUUGUAAUGCUCGUGUUGCUAUUAUUCUGUUUUCACCUAGUGGAAAAGUUUUCUCGUUUGGUCAUACAAAGGUGGAAACUAUAAUAGAUCGGUUCGGAAAAACUGACCAUCCAGAUAGCAACAUACAAAGCAAUAUGCAACUUGGUGAAAUCCAUCAAAAUUCUACAAUUCGAGGUCUGAACAAUCGUCUUACUGAGGUAAUUUUUUUGUAUUAUUAUUCAGAAAUAUUGUUAUGUUUGAGAAAAUUAUAAAAGCCAUAAUCUAUGCAGUUAUAUUUCUUUUUUAAUAUUUAUUCUUAUUAGCUGUCAUAAAUAGCGUAUAUACUGUAUAAAAUACAUAUUCUCCAUAUUUAGAGUUGAUAUACUCAUAAUAUGGAAAAUAAAUGCUAAUAAUAUGAUGUAAAAUUUGAUGCCCUAAGCGAUAUUCUUGUUGACAUAUUUCUGCAGUAUUAAUUUUUAGUGUAGGUAUAUAUGUUUAUGUUCAUUGAAAAAUAAUUUGAGAUAUUACCAACUAGGGUGUUACAAAAAAGAAACUAAAUAAGUUUUUAUAUAUGCAGGUGAUGAAGAACCUAGAAUCUGAGCAAAAAACAAAUGAAGAGUUGAAGAAACUAAGAAAAAAAUCCAAAUUACCUGAGAUUUGGUUGAAAGAAUCCAUUGGAGGACUUGACUUAGGUCAAGCCAAAGAAUUCAAAGGUAAACUUGAAAAUUUGAAGAAACAAGUGAUAUAUGAAGCUUUCAAAAGCUUCCUAGCAACACCAUUUCCUCAUCCUGGCUUUUAUGGGGGAAGCUCUAGUAAUGCUCCUUGUGGCGGGGUUGAUGGUAACGUGAAUGCUUUCGACAACCAUAACAUGGUUCCCCCCAAUCAUCCUUCACCAUUUGUCCCCGGAUUCAACCAUAACAUGGCUCUCCCCAGUCAUCCUAAUCCGAAUGAAUCUGGAAAUGAACAUCCUCAUGAUGGCCAUCCUCCUCAGCCUAGAUCAGAUUAAUAUUAAUCAUCUCUAAUAAGAUACAGUUGAAGUCUUUAGACAAAAGCAUGUUCUAUUUUAUCCUCAUCUCUCCUAUGUAUGUUGUGUUUUUCUUCUUUAGCAGAAUUCCUUAUUUCUUCUUGUUAUGUUGUUGUGUGUGUGUUUUAAUACAAUGUUGUUGUUUUUUUUCCUUUCUUUUGCUUACUCAAAAUUAUGUUGUUAUCCUCAUAUUCAUAUAAAAAAUAUAUAUUUAAGAAUAUGCUGUAGUAUUUUCUUUCAAAAAGCAGUUUAAUAAAAACAUAGAAUUAUAAACUUAUCUUAUAGAAAACUUCAAGCCAUAACUUGGUUCUCCCUCAACACGACUAUUACUUGAGCAAAGGAGAAUGGUUAACAUGAAUGCUUUCGACAACCAUAACAUGCAUGGUUCUCCCCAAUCAUCCUUUACUAGUUGGAAAUUAUAGUCGUGUUGAGGAACUUGUCCCUGGAUUCAACCAUAACAUGGUUCUCCCCAGUCAUCAUAAUACAAAUGAAUCUGGAAAUGAACAUCCUCAUGAUGGCCAUUCUUGUUGAUGCAGGUGAUGAACAACCUAGAAUCUGAGCAAAAAAUGAGUGAAUAGUUGACAAAACUAAGAAAAAAAAUUCAAAAUACCUGAGAUUAGGUUGAAAGAAUCCAUUGGAGGACUUGACUUAAGUCAAGCCAAAGAAUUCAAAGGUAAACUUGAAAAUUUGAAGAAACAAGUGAUAUAUGAAGCUUUCAAAAUCUUCCUAGCAACACCAUUUCCUCAUCCUGGCUUUUAUGGGGGAAGCUCUUGUAAUACUCCUUUUGGGGUUGAUGGUGGUAUUAAUAUCGACCCUAAUUUGAACCCCUUUGAGCAAAGGAGAAUGGUUAAAGUGAAUGCUUUUGGCAACCAUAACAUGGUUCUCCCUGAUCAUCCUUCACCAUUUGGAAACUAUAGUCGUGUUGAGGGAUUUGUCCCCGGAUUCAACCAUAACAUGGCUCUCCCCUGUCAUCCUAAUCCGAAGUAAUCAGAGGAAAUGAACAUCCUAAUGAUGGCCAUCCUCCUCAGCCUAGAUCCGACUAAUAUUAAUCAUUUCUAAUGUGAUGCAGUUGAAGUUUUUAGACAAAAUCAUGUUCUAGUUUAUCCACAUCUCUCGUGAGUAUGUUUUGUUUAUCUUCUUUACCAGAAUUCCUCAUUUCUUCUUGUUAUGUUGUUGUGUUUUUUUAAAUCCAAUGUUGUAGUUUUUUCUUUUUCCUUUCUUUUGCUUAUUCAGAAUUAUGUUGUUGUUAUCCUCAUUUUUAUCUAAUUUUUUUUUGAAAGAGUGAAGUUGUAGCAUUUAAAAAAAAAAAGAAAUUUAAUAAAAAACAUAUAAUUAUAAAUUUUUUUUACUGAAAACUUCAAGCCAUGCACAUCAUCUCAAUAGCAAACUGAAAACCUCAAUCCAACCAAACUCUUACGGUCCACACAUCCCAUAAACUCACAAACUCUCUAAGAGUAAAACGAUUGAAGUACACGAAGACCAGAAAUAACACAAACAAACAAAGAGAAAGACAAAGAUGAAGGUGAAAUAUUUUAUUUAUGUCUUUUGUAAGCAAAACACAGUUGAAAGCAAAAAGGUAAAACCGCUUCUUUCUGGUUUGUUAAUCAAACUCUAGUUACCGUUGGAGAAGAAUCAGGCUGGCUCACAGAAGAUGACUUUGAUGCUUCCAUCAUGAGAGCUGCUAAACAACUCUGGCUAUCACCAUUCGCAUUCGCAACUUCCUCUUUCGUAUAUAAAUGUAUCUUCAACACCACGUUGCAGAAUUCACUGUCCACACAGCACAAAUAAAUCAUUUUCAAGUUAGCAGCUAACAGGUCUUGACUGAGCUUUAAAGAUAAGGGCAGACUUACUGCCAUGGAUCAUUGCCAAAGACCAUCAUGUCGUCCUCACUAUCGGUGUACAAGAACCUCCAUCCUUUUUCAGGGUCCCUGAGAAGCCCUUCCAUGUUAAACAAGCGUUCAAGCUCUGUAAGGAGAUCAUUGUAUCCGUUUAGUGGGAUAGAUCAACAGCUCUCCGCAGAAGGCUUCCUUUCUUAUGAAACUUUUGAACACAAGAAACUAUAAGAAGAGAUAUCAAGAAAUGCAGCUCCAAGACACCAAAGAUAUGAUAAAGAAUAGGAUUUGCAUGGGGCUGCAUGGCAAAAUCCAGUAUCAGAUAAGGAAGAAGUCUAUGUACAUCAGCAUCAGAUAAACUAAAAGACCAAAUAAGAGGUAAUGUCAACAUACACUAAUCCAUAGUAUAUUUCAUAUUUUAAUUGAGGCCUAAAUUCUAUUCACCCCUAACUAUACUAUUAUAUCUUUCUUAAAUUUCAGGAUGCUCUUGCGCUGAAUGUAGCCGGAAGCUAGACAAAUAUUUUCAAGCUCUGCUUAGGUGGAGAAGAGAGAUGUCCUGCUUAGGUGGAGAAGAAGAGGAAAAUAAAUCAUUGGGCCAAUGACAUUAGAUAACAAAAAUGAUUUUUAAAACUAUACAACCGAGAUAAAAAAAAAACUAAUUAAGAGAGGGAGAGGGAAAAAUAAGGAUUGGUGCUGUAUUACAAAGAAAUCCACACAAAUACAAACCAGCCGAAUGAAACAAUUACUAUAAAAGUAUAAAGAAAUAAAGAUACAAAUUACUAUGAAAUAAAAAUGCAAAGAAGCUUCCGUAUGUGUGCGGGGGUGUACGACACGUAGAUCUAAUAUGGCAAUUAUAUAUUUAAAUAGAUUAAUUAUUUCUAAUAUCUAAAAAAAACAAAAUGUACUCAGAAUAAAUACGGGGGUGUGCUCGUAUGUGAUAUUUUCUCUUCUCCUUGCACUUCUCUGUUUUUGAGUUUCUCAAUCUCAUCUGCAGUCUCAUUCAAAAUAGCAACCUGAUGUUGUCUUCUACGGUGUCGCACGAUAACAUCUGCCCCAGUGAGAUCAUUGCUAAUUCCCAUAAUCACUCCCCGAUCACCCAACAGAACUUUUAAACUCGAACUUCGUCCAAGAGUCAAACCAGAAUGAUGUUCUCCGACCGUUCUAGACUUCAACUCGAUGGAAUUUCCUCACUAGAUCCCUUAAAUUUAGUAGUUUUCUCCACACCCACAAUCCAUUGUUUGAUUUUUCUCUGAUCAAGCAAUACGAUCCCUUACAAAUCAAGUAUUAGUAAUAAUGACAUUGCUAUCUUUAUUUAAAUAAAAAUAUCAUAAAUAGCCAAAAUAUGAGAUUAUGAUACAUUGUAACAAAUUAAAUGAAAAUAAUGUAUAUAGUCAAAUAAAUAUGAAUUUCAUAGCUUAUAUAUAUAAAUAUAUUGUAUCAAAAUAGUGAAUUGAUAUUCAAACACCAAACAAUAUUUUAUUUUUGCAAUUAUCAGUAGAGAACUAUGAGAAAAAGUAAACGUUGUCAAAAAAUAAAAAUUGUCAAAAUGGAGUAAAAAUAACUAUCAAGUUACAUUCUUAAGAGAAAAUGGUGUUUAAAAAAAAGCUAGUGAGCUGGGUGAGACGGUCAUAUCUCUGUUAUUGUGUUUUCACCUAGUGAACAAAUCUAUUCUUUUGGUCAUCCAAAGCUGGAAACUAUAACAAAUCGACCAAAAACAUUGACAAUCCACCUCUCAGCCCACUCCUCAACAUCAAACUUGAUGAAAUCCAUCAAAUAUCUACAAUUUGAAUCUGAAUAAUCAUCUUACUUAGGAAAAUUUAUUGUGUUAUUCAAAAAUAUUAUUAAGUUUGAGAAAAUAUAAAAGCCUUAAUUUACACAGUGCUAUUCAUUUUUCAAUAUUUAUGAUUAUAGUACCGGUCAUAAUUAAUGUAUAUACUAUAUAAAAUACAUAUUUCUCCAUAUUUAGAGUAUAUAUACUCAUAACAUGGAAAAUAAAUGCAAAUAAUAUGGUGUAUACUUUGAUGCAAUAAUCGAUAUCAAGUGUACGCAUUACUCUGAAAAACCAUUGGUUAUGAUGGUUCGACGGUUUGUAACACCUUCGGAAUCACUGACUUCGUCGGCUCAUCGCCUACAUAUAUAACAUUUGUUCCGUUUGUUAUGUGGGCCGUUCAUUUAAAACGUAGCCCACACAGCAUGCAAACUCAGGCAGAAAACAACGUUAAAUGAUUAAAGUUUAGGAUGCUUACUUGUCAACAUGAGGAAUGCCCUAGCUGAGGUGGCUUCCAUAAUACUAUCAAUAAUAUUUUUAAGAUUCAAACGUCUUAUUUUCACUUUUUAACAUUCCAUAUCGUUUUCAACCUAAAAAAUUGAACACACAUUCACUUAUUAGCUAGUAAAUGAUUUUGUUCGAUAAAAUUCAAUACUCUAUUUAACUAAUUAAUAAUAAUUAUUAUUUUUGUUCAAGUAAAUUAUAAACUUUAUCUAUUUCUAUAAAUGAAUUUUGAAAUACGAUGAUGUGCACUUUUUCAAUUAUCGUUAGUCACUGUAAAUAUAAGGAGCCUAUACAUUGUAUGAUGUCUCUAUUAGCAUAAAUAUAAGAGCAUGCAAUACAAGCAUAUAUACUUAUCCUUAAAUUUUCUUUUAUAAAAAGUAUAGGAGAAUAUAAUAGUGUACUUUUAAGUUUAAUAUUUUCUUCUAAUGUUAAAGCUUUUGAGGGUCAAUUGGUACACAUGUCUAGUUUCAUACUUUGUCAAAUAUUAUAAUUUUUAUAACAUUUAUACACUGUGAUAUAUCUACUAGUUAUAAUGACGUUGUUAUCUUUAUAAAAAAUAUAAAUAUCAUAAUUAGUCAAAUAUAGUAGAUUAUGAUACAUAUCACAAAUUAAAUGAAAAUAUUAGAGUCAAAUAUAUAUGAAUUUCAUACCUUAUUUUUGAUGGAAUGUAAAGAAAGUCAAAUGAAUCAAAAUGGUAAAUUGAUAUUCAAAUAUAAGACCUACAAAAAUUGAAUUAAAAUUACUUUUAGAUAACUUCAAACAUUAACUGCUGGUAUAUGAUAUUUAGCUAUAAAUAUACAAAGUCAUCAUCAUACAAACACCAUCCAAUAUUUUAUUUUUCCAGUUAUCAAUAUAGAGAAACAAUGAGAAAGACCAAAGGUCGUCUAAAAACAAAAAUGGUUAAAAUAGAAAAAGAAAAAAAUCUUCAAGUUACGUUUUGUAAAAGAAAAAAUGGUCUUUUCAAAAAAGCUAAUGAACUUUGCACACUUUGUAAUGCUCGUGUUGCUAUUAUUCUGUUUUCACCUAGUGGAAAAAUUUUCUCGUUUGGUCAUACAAAGGUGGAAACUAUAAUAGAUCGGUUCAAAAAAACUGACCAUCCAGAUAGCAACACACAAAGCAAUAUGCAACUUGGUGAAAUCCAUCAAAAUUCUGCAAUUCGAGGUCUGAACAAUCGUCUUACUGAGGUGAUGAAGAACGUAGAAUCUGAGCAAAAAACAAAUGAAGAGUUGAAGAAACUAAGAAAAAAAUCCAAAUUACCUGAGAUUUGGUUGAAAGAAUCCAUUGGAGGACUUGACUUAGGUCAAGCCAAAGAAUUCAAAGGUAAACUUGAAAAUUUGAAGAAACAAGUGAUAUAUGAAGCUUUCAAAAGCUUCCAAGCAACACCAUUUCCUCAGCCUGGCUUUUAUGGGGGAAGCUCUAGUAAUGCUCCUUUUGGGGUUGAUGGUAACGUGAAUGCUUUCGACAACCAUAACAUGGUUCUCUCCAAUCAUCCUUCACCAUUUGUCCCCGGAUUCAACCAUAACAUGGCUCUCCCCAGUCAUCCUAAUCCGAAUGAAUCUGGAAAUGAACAUCCUCAUGAUGGACAUCCUCCUCAGCCUAGAUCAGAUUAAUAUUAAUCAUCUCUAAUAAGAUACAGUUGAAGUCUUUAGACAAAAGCAUGUUCUAUUUUAUCCUCAUCUCUCCUAUGUAUGUUGUGUUUUUCUUCUUUAGCAGAAUUCCUUAUUUCUUCUUGGUAUGUUGUUGUGUGUGUUUUUAAUACAAUGUUGUUAUUUUUUUCCUUUCUUUUGCUUACUC